AAUUCCACUUGCCAUAACAGAAAAGAUGGCGGACAAGCAGAAGGUGUCGGUGGUAGGACUCCUAAAAGAGGUGGAUUUCCACAUGGUAAAAAGCGCUGCAGAGAAAUUACAUCAGAAAGAGCCCGAUGUAUUUGUUCAACCCGAUAUUGUGGGACUGUUGGAGUGCGAUUGGAUCAACUUUAUAAAUCUAAAGAAAAGGGAAAAGAAAGGUGAAAUGUGGUCAUUCCAAGACUGUGUUGUAGUUUUUAUAGAUGGUCAGUUAAUUGGUGGAAAAGAUGACUUUCUUAAGCUUGCAAAUGACACAUACAACUGUCAAGAUUUUAGACCUCUUCCUUUAUGGUAUGCAAUGGCAAAAGAAACAUAUAAAAACCAUUUUGUUGAUACAAAGCAUAACUUUGUGUUCUUGGAAAUAGCAAUUGGUAAUGAAAGCAUUGGAAAAAUGAUAUUAGAGUUAAUAUCUGAUCGGUUACCGAAGACUUGUGAAAACUUUAUGGCAUUAAUACAAGGACAUAUGGUUGAAGACAAGCGACAUGACCCCCCCUUAAAGCUGAGUUACAGAAAUACUAUCAUCCAUCGUAUUGUACCAAAYGGCUGGAUACAAGGGGGAGAUUUUGAAGGUGGUAGAGGUGUGGGUGGAGAAUCGAUUUAUGGACCUAUAUUCGAAGACGAAGAUUUCUCUGUAGCGCACACUAAGCGGGGUAUUGUUGGAAUGGCUAAUAAGGGACGUCAUACAAACGGUUCUCAAUUCUACAUCACGUUACAGCCCGCACCAUGGAUGGACACUAAAUAUGUAGCCUUUGGACAAGUCAUUGAGGGUUUGAAUGUCUUAGAUAUUCUMGAGAAUCAAGAAACCUUCAAUGAACGACCAAAGAAAUCCUGUUCAAUCAUAGACUGUGGUAUACUAGAUGUCAAUCAACUAUGGAAAUAGACCAAACMAGUAAAACCAGUUUUGAUGACUGGUUAUUGGGACCGAGUUAUCAUGACUGGAUCAAAAAGAUAGCCCUAAGUCUAGAAUAGCUCAUGCCACUUUAACCUUUGCGUUGGGAUUUAAAUGAAUACUUAACGAUGUUCCGGCGCUUUUCCUGUUGGAGCCUUGCUAAGCAGCCCUUAUAACGGCUGUAACUGUGCCUAUCUUUGCAUAAUCGAGUCGUAUAGGUUUAAAGUGAUGCGUUAUUUUACUAUAUCAGUCUAAAGAAAUYUGUAUAGUGAUAAUAGUAGACGUAUAGUACGCACAAUCAGAUUAGCUGAGAACUGGUGUUCUCGAGUGAAAUAGAUACGUUACUGAAGGUGGCAUCAUGUCGUUGGACGAAGAAGUCCGAAUGAUCUUUUGAAAGCAGAUAGAAGAGGAUUUCCUGUUUUCAGUUUGGUAUCUAUUACUGAGAAGGAGAAACGCUCGCCUUC